ACAGUUUUCCAUAGUAUAAAAAUAAACGACAUUUCUUCAUAUUCUAGAAGCAGAUCAUCCACUUUUUAAACAAUGAUCAAAUAACUCUAUGAACCUUUAUCGAUUCUGUUGAUUCUUCUGAUUCUUCUGAGAUCGUUUAAUUUAUUUACUAUCGAGUCGACGCCAGCUUUUGCAGUAUGGCUCCAGCCCAGUGCAAGCAUGUGGUCGCCGCCGUGUGUUACAUACUCUUCCAAGUCUUUCGUCUCGUGUGUCUGGCCAUGUUCACUAUUUUCAUGCUCGACUGCACCGUCUAUCAUUCCCAAACCAGCGUCAACUGUAACAUCAACUACACCAUCUACAAACAUGUUGCAACGCCAAGCUGUGGUGCCUACUGCUGGAAGGGUCUUUGGAUCGGCUGUUCAUGCUUCACCUCUAUCAUUGUUCUCUGUCUGGUUUGUAUUCCCAGUGAACUCGUCGAGCCGCUUCGACCUGCGCAGAACAUGCAAGUCAUCAUCUCUCUUUUGCGCAAGCAGUAUUUUUGGUACCUCAACUUUAUUCUCGGUCUUAUUAUUCUUUAUGACGGAAUAAUUAUAGCAUCAUCAAAGGUGACUUCAGGAUCAUAUAAAGUAGAGAUGGGAGUCAUUAUAUCAAAAGUCUUAACCACAUGUUUGAUAUACCAGUUGAACUUUACUUAUCCCCCAUCACUGGCAUCUACAGACAGUUACCCUUUGGUGCACGUGAGUUACUACAUGACACUCUUUGUGUUUGUCUUGGAUAACUUUUGUAAGUUUACAGAGCUUUCUAUUCGUGUUUCCUACAAGCUCUACACCGUCAAUAUUAUCCAUGAAGUGAAACAAACCGAAGUGUUGAUUCUGAUGCUGGAGAUUGUAGACGCCUCACUUUAUCACCACUUUUUGUCUUUCUUUUGGAACAAGAUUUUCAGGGGUAAGAGUGAUGUCUUGCUGACCUAUAGUCCCGAUAUUGUUCAAUCUUUGGAUGCCCAAAGAUAUGGUUACCAAAAUCUAUGAAUGUCUAUCAAGCAGCCAGACAAUGCCGUCAGUAAAGACUCGGUGGAGAUUGAAGUCUUCAGUUGCGUAUUUGUUUCUUAAUAAAAAUCUUAAGGUUGCCAUAGUAAUUCAGUGUUUCUGAGGGUGUGCAAGAUAGAAUGUCUAUCAACAGCCAGACAAUGCCGUCAGUAAAGACUCGGUGGAGACUGAAGUCUUCAUUUGCUCUCUUGAACUUGAGUCCUAAUGAAAAUCUCUUGAGGAAAAUAAAAUUGGUUGAAAAGAUAAGAAAGAAAAAUAUGAUAAACAGUGAAAAAGAAAAGGUGCAUUGUGCCCACCAACAGGAAAAUUCUUGUUUGUCGUCGCCUGGCGUAAAUAUGAAUAAUUACCAAGGGGAAAAGGCAAACAAUCUCGUAAUAUCAACAACCGACCAACCAUCACUUUCUUAUAGGUAGUUGGACUUCUUUUGUGGGUCUGAUCUAUACGAAUAACGCAAUAACGCUUAUUACAUGUAUGACUUCCAUAAAACUGCACUCCCACCCAGUACCUUUAACUACAAAUUACCCUGGUAGCAGAGGUUGUUUUUUCCCCUCCGUAGGGCUGAGUGGCAGGCUGGUAGGACUGGAAUGUUCUUCAGUCUCCUGACCUCUUAACGGSUACGUUAACCAGAGUGAAAAAUACACUCGCUUUAAUUCUAGCCUUUGCGCUCUUAUUGGAUACUAUGUGAUUUUUCAAAACUGAAAUGAGUUUUAUUUGUAGGAAUCGCACGAUCUCGAGUACGAUUCAGAAUUUUACUGGUACGAGUGUUUUUUUUUAGGCAAGCCGAGAACAUUCAAAACAUCACRAGCAUCUUCGAAUUGUACGAAGAGAUUGUGCGAUUUUUUGUUUAUAAUUAACUCAACAAAAUUGAGCCUCAACAGAGAACAAUUGAGGAUUUAAUUGUACUCCUCUUGUCCAGUCAGAAUCGAAUAAUUUUGUAGAGUGCAUUAAGAGGAAUUUUUUUYCAAUAAUGAGCAAUAAUGGCAAAAAGCGCCAAA